AACAAAGUUUGGAGUAUCGAUUGUCUGUCUUCCCUGAUGGCAUCCCUGUUUUAAGUAUUGAGGCACUUUCUACUUUCGGUUGGUCUAGGUAUGCACAUGUAAGUUUAGGAAUGGAAUCUUUUGGCUCUUCCGGUCCUUACAAAGAAUUGUAUAAAAAAUAUGGAUUUACUCCUGAGAAUACUGCGGCUAAGGCCAAGAAGGUUAUAGAAUUUUAUAAGAACCAUUCUGCUCCUUCACUUAUCAAAGCGUGA